AUGACCCAUCCUUCAACCCCCGGGCAGUCCAUCUUUGGCGGGCCUGUCGCCGCAACAACGCAGACUUUCGGCGCUGGCAACCAGGCGUUAACGGCCUCGACUUCGCUGCAACCGACGCCGCCCUCGGCAGCGUCGUCCAACAACACAUACAUUAUGCCAAAUUCCCCUGCAAAGGGCCGCAGCGUCGCCGAUGGAUACCGCCCCAAAGUCACCCGCACGCUAGGCCAGAGACCCGCUUGUCUAGUCAAUGCUUCAGUGACGUAUUGCGGAAACAAUCAGAUAUAUGCUUUUGGUGGAUUUGAUCAGUACACCGAUGAGGUGUACAAUCAUGUACUACGGUUGGACCUCGUCAGCCAUCAGUGGAGCCUUGUUGACAACUACGGCGACAUUCCCGGGGUUCGAAUGGGACAUACGGCAACCUUGUACCAAGGAAACAAACUCUUAGUCUUCGGCGGCGAGAACGAACACCGAACCUAUUUGUCCGACCUUAUUGUAUUCGACCUCAAGACUGCACACUGGACACAACCACUCGUUUCCGGCCCCAUACCCAAAGGCAGAGCAAGACAUGCCGCUGUCUUGCAUGAAGACAAGCUAUUCGUUAUCGGUGGCAUAACAGGCCAGAAUAAUUACGUGUUGGACGAUAUCUGCUAUCUUGAUUUGAAGACAUUCACUUGGUCCAAGUCAUGGCGCUUCGUUGGAAGAUUCGAUCACUCGGCAUACAUCUGGGGCGAUCGUGUUUGGGUGUUUGGAGGUCUAAGUGAGGACAUGGACAAGAUUAGCGAUCUUUGGUGGUUGGAUCUGAAGGGUAGCCCGCAGUUUGACUCGAGGCCUCAAAUGGGCCUCUUCGACCGGGGCUCUAUGUCAACUCGGGCUAGCAACUCUCCACGACCCCCAUAUACCAUGCCACAGGCUCCUGUCGUUGGCGCCUCAGGAUACGCCGCCAACUCCCGAACAGCACAGGUCAACCCACCUUCACACCAACUGAAGACGUAUGCACCCUUGGCCCCGGGAUCCAUAUCUGCUCUCAAGUUCAUGUCUGGUCCGUCGAUUCCAUCGCAGGGCUCCGGUCUUCACUACCACGCCUAUUCAUCCGGCACACUUCUUGAUUUCGUUACACCUGCCGCUACUCUCACAUCGAGAGAAUGUUCCCUGUCUGCAUUGGACUUGGGUACACUUCGCUGGACGAAGCUGGCAGGGGGGCGCGAGAUCUUUAAAGCGGGCUACAGGUGGCAUUACUGCUGCAUGAACGAGGAUGGUACCAAAUCUUGGCUACUGGGAUGUCCAACAGACCCUGCUGCGACUGACAUAGGACCCAAUGGUUACGAAGAGUAUCUCAGUGAUAUCAUGGAAAUUGAUCUCCGGCGAUACGGCUUUCUCGGCGACAAUUUGACACCAGAACCGCGGUCAGAGUCAAGACCAUCUGCCACAACCAGAGCCAUGGAUCAACCUUCCAAGGGGUUGGGUUCGGAUCUUGCAAGACUCUUCAAUCAGCCGCCCGAGACAGGCAGCGGUACUGACUUUAUCAUUACGGCACUGGCCGGCGAUUAUGAAGAUGAUGAUACUCUUACCUCUAGCAUGACUCGGAAUGACGAAACGUCGCAGAACCAGAGCUGGCUCUCAGCAGAUGCGCCAACCUCGCAACCCAUUCAUGUGCACAAGCUUAUCUUGCAAGCUCGUUGGCCUCACUUUGCGCGUCUUUACAACGCCCAGAUGGCCGAAUUCCACACCAAGAAGAUGCAUAUUCCUGAACCUUACAGCGUAGUCAAAGCCUUCCUCUACUACCUCUACACGGACAGUAUUCGUGGCACCUCGGACAGCGAUAGUGACGCUACCACGGCCCUCUCUGACGUGGCGGGCCUUUUAGUCAUGUCCAAUAUCUACAACAUCCCUCACCUCCGCCUGCUCUGCGUAAAUCGUCUGGCCAAAGAGCUCGAUGUCGACCAUGCCUGCAUAAUAUGGUACUGCGCAGGACUCGCUAACGAAGAGUGGUUGCGCAAACGAGCCGCAGGAUUCUGCAUGAUCCAUUGGGGUCGAGUUGUCCGUACUCAGGGGUUCGUCCGUCUGCCACGUACCGCGCUUGUCGAGCUUUCCCAAGAGGUCGACAUGGAGGGGCGUGUUAUUGGCGGAGAAGAGCUCGAGUGGGGUGGUAUGAAUGACAGUAUGGGACAUGAUGCUCGUAAGGAAAGUAUUAGCAGCAACCAAACGCAGACAAUUGAGGAUGAUGGCGAUGACGACGAAGGCAUGGAGAUGAACUGA